ACUUUACAUCACAUUACUGUAGAAUCCAGCAUGGUAGCCGUAUAAAAACUCCCUCCCUCACCUUCCUCCGAGAGAACGUCGACUCUUUCCUUCACUGCUGACAUCGUACGCGAGCUUCAUUCGUGUCUCACAGCAACACAUUUGACGAUGAUUCACUCACCCAUUUCUCCGGCAAUUUUUUACUGGGGGACUCCUGUCGUCCUCGUCACAACGACCAAUGAAGACGGCACAGCCAAUAUCGGUCCAAUGUCGUCUGCCUGGUGGCUUGGCGAUCGAUGUGUCUUGGGUCUAGAAGGCAACUCACAAACCACCAUUAAUUUACUGCGAACCAAGCAAUGCGUGCUCAACCUUCCCGACGAAACAAUGGUUUCUAAUAUCAAUGCACUUGCUCGCACGACUGCCACGGUGGAAAUUCCCGAUGUCAAGAUCAAGCUCGGUUAUCGAUAUGAUGGGAACAAGUUCAAGACAUCGAGACUAACUCAGCAAAAGUCGGCGAAAGUAAUUCCGCCACGCAUCCAGGAAUGUCCAGUGCAAAUGGAAGCCGAAGUGAGCGGUGUUCAUGAGCUUAUGAAGGACGGACCGUCGGCGAUCAAGGGGUUUCUGCUGGCUGUUGAAGUCAAAGUUCUACAGACCUAUGUCGACGAGAAGCUACGGCUAGAGGGCCAUGUCAACCGGAUCGAUUCUGACAAAUGGAGACCGGUGAUAAUGUCUUUCCAGAACCUCUAUGGUUUGAAGGCUGGGCAGCUAGCGGAGUCUACUCUUGCAGACAUCGACGAAGAAAAUUAUCGUCUCCCUGUAUAGAUAGGAACACGUAUGUGAACAACAAUGAGA